GGUGGAAGUCGACGAGGACGACGAUUCCAACGCUGCCCACCCAACAGGAGGAGAAGCCAAGGGAUAGGGAGACCCAAAGACGGCGGCGGCGACUCCCAGUUCAGGAGGCGAGAGGAGAGCUGCGGUUGAAGCGAUGAAGGCCACCGUCAAGGGCCGGUACGAGGGCGACAAGGCCUCCGCCGCAGCCACCCUCGCCGUCACCCCCUCCGCCGCCGACCUCCGCUUCAAGGCCUCCGCCACCGAUGCCGCCUUCACCCGGGGUCCCUCGCUGCAGGGCCUCACCCUCACCCUCGAGAAGCCCGGCUCCUUCCUCCUCGACCUCAAGCUGCACACCAAGGACGUGCGCUUCCAGUUCAUGAACUCCGCGCUCCUGCUCGACCGCCGCGUCAGCCUCACCUACACGCACUCCACCAACCUCUCCCCCGGCCCCGACGCCCCGCCGGCCCGCACCGCCCUCGACUGCUCCCUCACCUUCGAUCCGGCCAACAAGCUCAGCCUCAGCCACGCGCUCGGCUCCGCCGGAUGCCGCGUCAAGUACUCCUACGCGCACGGCCAAGACCGCCUCACAACCAUCGAGCCAUGCUUCGACACCGCCAAGAACGCUUGGGACUUCGCCGUCACCCGCAAGUUUCAAGGCGGGGAUUCCAUCAAGGGCACCUACCACGCCUCCACCAAGCUCCUCGCCCUCGAGUGGAACAGGGACUCCAACAUCGGUGGUUCCUUCAAGGUUGCAACGGCAUUUGAUCUGUCUGACCAAAGCAAAGCGCCAAAGUUAAUAGCGGAGAGUACGUGGAGUUACGAAGUCUGAUUGCCUCUUCUACUUCUAGGAGGCAAGCAGCUCCUGCUUAAGUAGCACCCUUGUCAUACUGGUUGUUUCUUGUACUUGGGAACUAUUCUUUCUGGGUGGACCAUUAUUCAUCAAUACCUACUGCACUUUGAUCAUUUUUGCCUGCCCUAUGAUGGGAGUUGUCAUGGAGAUGCUACGGCAUUGACAAUGAACACCGAGCAUCAGUUAUAUGCACUAAUGCACAUGAUAUGAUUGAACAAAAUGCGUUGGUGACGAGCACCCGAGCA